AUGAAUGAGACCAGCAAUCGAGAGAAUUUUUCCCUGGACAUUCUGAAGGACUUCGAUGCACGAAACUCGACAAUUCUGGAGGCUGGGUUCAAUUGCGAGCAUUUCUCCGGAUCGUACGGUGUCUUCUCUUCGAACUGGUUCCAAGGCAUCAUUUACUUUUUCUACAGCACCGUCUUCGUCAUCGCUCUGAUCGGAAAUGGCCUGGUUUGUUACGUCGUGUACAGCAGCCCACGAAUGAAAACCGUUACGAACUUCUUUAUCGUCAAUCUCGCAUUCGGGGACAUGUUAAUGGCUCUAUUCUGCGUGCCGCCCAGUUUUAUCAGCAUUUUGAUACUCCAGUACUGGCCGUUUGGACAGGAACUCUGUCCCACUGUUAAUUAUUUACAGGCUGUAUCGGUCCUGGUAAGUGCGUACACCCUCGUGGCAAUUAGUAUAGAUCGUUACAUAGCCAUUAUGUGGCCCCUUAGGCCGAAGUUGAGCAAACGGCAGGCACAGUUUCUGAUUCUAGCUGUUUGGGUACUCGCAAUGACAAUAUCGGUCCCGAUCGCUGUGGUUUCACAGCUCUCUCAGCCUUCGCCAAAGUACGAAGUCUGUAAAAAGUACAUGUGCCAGGAGGUUUGGCCGUCGUUGGAGAAUAAAUAUUACUACUCCAUCGCGUUAUUGGUUCUCCAGUACGUGAUACCAAUAAUGAUUCUCGUGUUCACGUAUACCAGCAUCGCUGUCAUGGUGUGGUGUAAGAGGCCACCCGGUGAAGCCGAAAACGUCAGAGACCAGAGAAUGGCGCGAUCAAAGCGGAAGAUGGUGAAGAUGAUGAUGACUGUCGUAAUAGUAUUCACCGUCUGCUGGCUCCCGUAUAAUAUACUAAUGUUAAUAAUCGACAACAACGAAGCGUCGAGCAGUUGGACGGGUCUUCCCUUCGUGUGGAUGUCUCUGCAUUGGCUGGCUAUGUCGCAUUCCUGUUACAAUCCAGUAAUUUAUUGUUGGAUGAAUGCAAGAUUUCGCAGCGGCUUCAUAACUGCGAUUGGCUGUUUACCAGGAGUGCAUCGAAUUCUACGCAACGAAAGGCGACGUAACACUAACAACAACGCUAGCACGAUCGGAAUCCCCCUAACUGGUCUCGAUGGCUCGAGUUACUCUGUCUUGCGACGCAUGAAUACCUGUACAACCUACAUUAGCGUUCGACGCAAGACGAACGGAAAUCAAGGCGCGCCUGCAAGAAGCGUUAGUUUCCGGAAUAACGCGUUCCGUCCCUCGCCUCAGUUGCAACAAAUUACGUGUCUAGAGUCCCACUCGGAGGAACAAUUAUAA